AUGCACUCUUCGGCAAAGGAAACCCAUCUGCCGAACUGCCAGCACAAAAAGUCUAUCUAACCCACAAGUAGAUACAAUUAUUCACGAUGCGCACCUUUCUAAUUCUGAGCCUCCUGGCUCUGGCCCGAGGGCAGUACGACUACACUCCAGUAUCGUAUGCCGGAAACGGUCACGGAGGACUGAUCGGCGCGCCCAGCACUGGAGCAGGACAGCUUUCCGAGGCUGUAGCACCCGCCAGCGAGCUCACCAAGGAGUUCUUCAGCUACAGUGCUCCGGAGCACGAGUUUGAUGACCACUCCAACGAGCAGAUCGCUCACUUGCUGAAGAAGAACCUGCGUGUGUUGUUUAUCAAGGGCCCCGAUAACAAGGGACUGGAGCAAGCGGCGCUCCAGCUGGCCACCUCCGCGUCCGCCGACCGCACCGCCAUUUACGUGCUCAACAAGCAGGCGGACGUUGGCGAGUGGAUCACCAACCUGAAUACUAUCCGUAACAACAACAGCCGCAAGCCCGAGGUUCACUUUGUGAAGUAUCGCACGCAGAGCGACGCGGAGAACGCCCAGCGCACUAUCCAAGCCCAGUACGACUUGCUGCCGGGAGUUUCCACCAACUACAACGGUGGAUCCUCGGUCCCCGUCUUGGACUUUGCGUCUAAGGUCAUUUCAAGUGGAACUGACGACGGGAAUGCGGUCGUCCGCGAAGUAAGCCAGAACGCACCGUCGACAAGCCCGUACUUGCCACCUUCUCGCGAAAAGUAUUAGUUCAAACGCAAAAUAUUCAGUAUAAGGUGUAAUAUUAUAAUGUUUCAAUGUCGUGUAAUCUGGAAAGGUUAGCCAUGACUAUAUGCAAUCAUCGUGCCACCGCGACCACAAUAUGUACAGGAAGUAAGGAAAAUCUUUUAUUCCUAUAAUAAUAAUUUGUUCUUAACAGCUUUA